AUGGCUGCUGCUGGUGUUUCAGAACUCAUUGAAAAGGUGGCUGAUGCUACCAUUGCCCCUAAAAAGGGCCCUCCUGCUUUAUAUCCUGCCGAGCCAAAGUUCUCGUUUAUUGACGAGCGUUUGAAGUUCUUCGACGAGCUGAAGAAGGCUCAGGAUGAGGAGAUCGCCAAGAAAGAGAGAAAACCUAUUAAAAUCACGUUGAAGGAUGGUUCUGUUAGAGAGGGAACUGCUUGGGAAACCAGUCCUGCUGAUAUUGCUAAGGAGAUCAGCAAGUCGCUAUUCGAGAAGACUGUCAUUUCUAAGGUCAAUGGUGAAUUAUGGGAUUUAGAGAGACCCUUUGAGGAGGAUUCUAAGCUUGAAUUAUUGGAUUUCGACAGUGAGGAUGGUAAAAAGGUCUUCUGGCACUCGUCUGCCCACGUUUUGGGUGAGGCUUGUGAAUGCCAUUUCGGUGCUCAUUUGUGCGUUGGUCCUCCUACUGACGAUGGUUUCUUCUAUGAAAUGAGCAUUGAUAACGGUGACAGAGCUGUUUCUAGUGCUGAUUUCCCUGCUGUUGAAGCUGUCACUAAACGUGCUGUUAAGGAUAAGCAGAGAUUCGAGAGAUUGGUCGUUUCGAAGGAAAACCUUCUUAAGAUGUUUGCUUACAACAAGUACAAGCAGACUCUGAUUCAGUCCAAGAUUCCUGAUGGAACUUCUUCUACUGUUUACAGAUGUGGUCCUUUGAUCGAUUUGUGUCGUGGACCUCACGUUCCUCAUACUGGUAGAAUUAAGAGCAUUAAGUUGUUGAAGAACUCUGCUUCUUACUUUUUGGGUGACUCUGCUAACGACUCUUUGCAAAGAAUCUACGGAGUUUCUUUCCCUGAUAAGAAGCAGUUGGAUGAGCAUCUCAAGUUCUUAGAAGAGGCUGCCAAACGUGAUCACCGUAAGAUUGGUAAGGACCAGGAAUUGUUUAUGUUCCAUGAUAUGUCUCCAGGAAGUUGUUUCUGGUUGCCUCAUGGUGCCCGUAUCUACAACACUUUGGGCGACUUCCUCCGUACCGAGUAUAGAAAACGUGGUUAUGAAGAGGUCAUUACCCCUAAUAUGUACAACGCCAAGCUGUGGGAGACUUCUGGCCACUGGGCUAAUUACAAGGAAAAUAUGUUCACUUUUGAUGUUGAGAAGGAGAAGUUUGGUCUUAAACCCAUGAACUGUCCUGGUCACUGUCUUAUGUUCAAGGCUCGUGAAAGAAGUUAUCGAGAGUUGCCCUGGAGAGUCGCUGAUUUCGGUGUUAUCCACAGAAACGAGUUUUCCGGUGCUUUGUCCGGUUUGACUCGUGUGCGUCGUUUCCAACAGGAUGACGCCCAUAUCUUCUGUCGUCAAGAUCAAAUCGAGGCCGAGAUUACCGGUAUUUUCGAGUUCUUGAAACAUGUUUACGGAGUAUUUGGCUUUGAUUUCAAGAUGGAGUUGUCUACCCGACCUGAGAAGUAUGUUGGUCAACUCGAGACCUGGAACGAUGCCGAGGCUAAACUUGCCAGUGCUCUUGACUCUUGGGGUGCUAAAUGGGAGCUCAACCCUGGUGAUGGUGCUUUCUACGGACCCAAGAUUGAUAUCAUGAUCUCGGAUGCUCUCAAGCGUUGGCACCAGUGUGCCACCAUCCAGUUGGAUUUCCAACUUCCCGACCGUUUCGGACUGCAAUUCCGUGGUGCUGAUGUCACUGAUGCUGCUGGCGAGGUGCAACACUACGACCGUCCUGUCAUGAUCCACCGUGCACUGUACGGAUCCUUCGAGCGUAUGAUUGCCAUUCUCACCGAGCACUUCUUCGGUAAGUGGCCCCUAUGGCUUUCUCCCCGUCAAGUUCUCGUUGUCCCUGUCGGUGUCAAGUACUUCGACUACGCCCAAAAGGUGCGAGACUACUUCCACGAGAACGGCUUCUUCGCCGACGUCGACGUCGGUCCCAACACCCUGCAAAAGAAGGUCCGUCAAGGCCAGCUCCAGCAAUACAACUACCUCCUCGUUGUCGGAGAAGAAGAAGAGUCUUCUAACACCGUCAACAUCCGUAAGAGAGACGACCCCUCUAAACACGGCAAGACCGAGACUGUCUCUCUCGAGGACGCUGUUGCCAAGAUGAAGCAGCUCGUCGCCAGCAAGAGCCUCGUUGAUAACGUCUUUUAA